GCAGUCUCAGGUGCACGCGUCAUGUGGCGUCUUUGUGAAAGAUAUACCCCUGUAUGACUGAUGCUCUUCAACUUGACAGACUAUUCUGUAACGAAAAAAUAUCCCCUUUCUGGACAUAUUCAUUCAGGGGUAAGUUAGUGCAAUUACUUGGUUGUUCAUUGCAUCGGUGUCUCUGAGAUAUAGGUGGCGUAUGCCAGGAAUGCACAUAGCUCACCUGAGAAUGUAACGGAAGGCAUUGAAAAUUGUCACAGAGAAUAAAAUGGAGUGUAUUGGGAAUCUGGGAUCCUGUAGAGGAAAUGGGUUUCUUACCAUUGAAAUGAAUCACUGAUUCAGCAAAGCAUGUAAAAUGUUACUGUGUAAGGGUUGGGGUCAAUUGCAAUUUAAUUUGAAAUUCCAAUUCAAUUCUUGAAUUCACUCAUUAAGUGGAGCAUUUACGUUGAAUGCAAUUAGAAUUUUAAGUUAUGGAAUUGAAAUUGAAUUGGAAUUGGAAUUGUAAAAACAUAAAAUCUUUAGAAUUGAAUUGAAUUGGAAUUCAAUAUUUUUACAUUUCACAGUUAAUGGAAUGAAUGCACAUAGUAUCAAAAAUGUAUUGUAGGAUAUGUUUUUAAUCAUAUUAUCCUGUAUUCCUAUAUUUUCAGUAUAGCUACAGUAGGCAGUCUGAACAGUGCCAUGAUCAGCCUGAAAGCCUGAGGGAAUUGAAUUUGAAUUUGUGGAAUUGCUUGGGAUAAUAUUGACCUAACAUUGGAAUUCAGAGGAAUUAACUUAUAUAUGAACGCAAAGACUGACCUGGAAUUGAAUUCAAUGGAAUUUACAGGGAGAGAGAAUUGAAUUAGAAUUGAAUUAGUGGAAUUGACUCCAACCAUGCUGUGUAUGAUUGGAAAUAGUGAUAUAUAUAGAUAUUGCCAGGUAAGUAUAAAAUGUGCAUAUGGGCGGUGAAGGCUAUCUGUUCUUUCCUGGUGUUGGCUCAUGGAUACUCAAUGGUUAACGUUUAUCGAAAUUCUUGUUUUAUCUGAAAAUGAGUCCAAUGUUUUGGUGCAUUUUUUGGUGUAUCACUAUCGACAUUACAUCCUUAUCGAAUGCUGACAUUACAUGACGUGAGAUGACAUGACAUUACAUUACUUUCAUGUCAAGCUCAUACAGCCGUUUGACCUAAAUUAAGCCAAUUUUUCAAAUUAAUUAAUUUAUGGUACAUCAACUCUUUGCAUCAAUUGUGAUGCUUUUUUAAUUCUGGGCUCAUUCAGAGGUUGAAUAAAUCUGUUAUUUUGGACCUGAGCAUAAUCAGGGAUUAGGGAGAUAUCUAUUUCCUAUGCCAGCACGAGAGAGUGGACAUCAAGCCUCAAUUUAAGAUGACGGUAGGAUUUCACACCAACUAUCACAUAUCUAUAUGCAACAUGAUCACAUCAGAAAACAGUUUUCUGUCAGUUUUCUACUACUUUAUAAUAAUAUAUUGUUGUGGAAGUUGUCGGCCAUUUUAUCAAGAACCAUACCAACUCUACAGUUGCUGUAGAUAUAACACAUUGUUUUUUUUUGUUUUUUUUUUCCAAUUCUAAUCAAACACUCAGAGAUUGGUAUCCAUCAUAAUCAGUAUUUUGGCAACCUUAACUCAACACCUAGCGAGUUUGUCAAUCCGUUCAGAUUUUUUAGCGUAAUGGUUAAGGUGUGGGUUGACAGCCAUUGGAUCUGGGUUCGACUCCCGGUCGGGGCUACCCCCAGAAUUCACUACAGUAUACAAACUCUGUUCAUUCCGUUAUUGCUUUUAACUCUAUCAGUCCGGAGAUCCCGGCAAAAAUUGCCUUUUUAUUUAUCUGACUUUAAUGUAUCUGCAUGUCCAGCCAUUUUAUUUAGCCUUACAGUGAAGUGUUUUACCAUUUUAUUUUCAGGACAACCAGGACUACAAGUAGAAUAGAAAAACAAUUUGACAUAAACAAAUGUCAAUAAAAAAAUAAGGUCAGCCAAACCUGAUAGAAAUGCAUUUAUACAGAAAUUGUUUGCUCAGUGGGAAACAAAUAUCCAACUAGUCAGUGACAACUGUGUGGAGUUUGGAGAUUGUGACGGCAAAUAUGUGAGCUUAUUACAGUAUUAUAGACACUAUGUCCUGGGAUUUCCUAUGGUCUUCUAUGUAGAAGAACCCCUUACAGUAUUAUAGACACUAUGUCCUGGGAUUUCCUAUGGUCUUCUAUGUAGAAGAACCCCUUACAGUAUUAUAGACACUAUGUCCUUGAAUUUCCUAUGAUCUUCUAUGUAGAAGAACCCCUUACAGUAUUAUAGACACUAUGUCCUUGAAUUUCCUAUGAUCUUCUAUGUAGAAGAACCCCUUACAGUAUUAUAGACACUAUGUCCUGGGAUUUCCUAUGGUCUUCUAUGUAGAAUAACCCCUUACAGUAUUAUAGACACUAUGUCCUUGAAUUUCCUAUGAUCUUCUAUGUAGAAGAACCCCUUACAGUAUUAUAGACACUAUGUCCUGGGAUUUCCUAUGGUCUUCUAUGUAGAAGAACCCCUUACAGUAUUAUAGACACUAUGUCCUUGAAUUUCCUAUGAUCUUCUAUGUAGAAGAACCCCUUACAGUAUUAUAGACACUAUGUCCUGGGAUUUCCUAUGGUCUUCUAUGUAGAAGAACCCCUUACAGUAUUAUAGACACUAUGUCCUGGGAUUUUCAUAUGGUCUUCUAUGUAGAAGAACCCCUUACAGUAUUAUAGACACUAUGUCCUGGGAUUUCCUAUGGUCUUCUAUGUAGAAGAACCCUUGACCGUCUAACAACUCUUGUGUAGCUUGUGAGUGUCAUAGAGCUCAACAUGUUCCAUGUGCCAUUCGGACUCUACAGACGUUUUUGUAAAAAUACCUGAUCACGUGCCAUUUCGGAAUCCGCCCUUGUCUCAGAAACACCACACUAGCUCAGCCCUCUUUAAUCACACAGACUUGGUUGGUACCAACGGAUGCAGAAGAAAUAGACGAAUCCAAUGGCACAACCCAGAAGUCAAACACACAAUGUUUAAAAGAGGUUAGAAGUCCAUCACGAUGGGACUCAUUGGGUUAAACAGCCAAUGAACAAUAAAGUUGUUCAUGAUUUUCUAAUUGUCUGUUACAGUGUAUGGGAGGUUGGAGGCUGAGGCCUAGCGAAGAAUGAGUCGCCGCGGUAGCAGGAGGAGGAACAGUCGGAGGAGGAAGAGCUCCACCACCAGUAAACGUGAGUGGAGGUUAUUGGGGUGGAUCCUUUAGAGAAAUGGGGUUAAUCCUGACAUGGCUGGCUGAGUCACGCCCGGCCCAUGCACCCACACCUUCACUAUUAAGCCUGCCAAUGUUUGGCCAAUCGGAGCAGGUGAGGAUUACUGUGGUCUUGUCUAUGUAACCACAGCUAACGGACAACGGCCAAGAGGCGACAUCUUGGAAUGAAUCCCAAACAUUGUAAUAAGGUACCAUUUUGUCAAAUUCAGCUUGAGAGAAAUGUGUCACAGAAAAGGGUUAGUAGUGUAUAUGGGGAGGGCUCAGCAGCCACAAAGCCUUUAAGCUUUACACCAAAUGCAAGAGUUGGAAAAUAUUCAACCACUAUCCUCACUGCACUAUGUAUUAAUCAAUUCAAUCUCAGGGUACAUAGAAGGGAUCAACCUUUUAGAUACCUUUUGAGAGAUUUCGUUCCUGAGUCUCAUAGCUUGUCUUGUGCAGUGAUAUCCAUGCUAGGGGAUUGUGGCCAUACAGAUGUCUUAAUAGUUGUUGUUGUAGUUUUUGAUGUAGGCCAUUUAGUAUUUCUAUGUCUGCAUUCCUAAAAUGUAAAGGCGUAUUCAUUUUCUUCUUCCUUACAGAGAGUGCCUCUCAAUGCGUUUUUCAAAAACAAAACAAAAGUAACAGUGUGGUUUCCCAGGAUGACAUCACUGAGAAGGGAGAGAUUGAGUCAUUACGCAAAGAAAAUGUUUUGUCAGCCUCUGAUGAAGAGGGAAAAUACAGUGAGAUUCCAAGCAAAGAGAAAAAAGUCAGGCGAGACGGUCAUGGGGAGUCCUCUCGAAACAAAAGGCCACCUAGCAUCGCAAAGCAAGGGGACGAAGACAGAGGGGUGAAAUUCACAACUUUUGUAACCAUUGACGAUUUGCAACCCUCAUCUUCAAAAAUCAUCUUUCAGCACUCUCACAUUGGCUCGAACGUGAAGUUUGAAAUUCAAGAAAUUCUACAGGCCGAGAACUCAGGGAUCAAGACAGUAUAUGUGUUCCAAAGUCAACAGGUGGCUACCGGAGAGCCUUGUGUCCAGAGUCAACGUGAGAAGAGACUCAGUCCAAAUAAUAACUUAAUUCAGCAGUCAUGGACUCUAAACCCAAAUGUAAACAUCACAGUGCAGAGUCAAAACAGGAAGCACAACUACGAAUUUAGCGUUCCAGAAAGCAGCAAGGAUGCAGGGGUCACAGCAAGACAUAGCAUUGCGUCAAGCUGCUGUGAUGAUCAGUUCACUUUUCACCGUUCGCCCAGCAACAAUGCCACCGACUUCACAUUGGCAGGUGGGUCCGCUAGCCCAUCCCCUUUGUCUGACUUCUGGAAAAGCACAGAUGCACUGUGUGACAUUCCCCCACCGCGUGAGUUUUCCGACUGUAAAUAUGACCCCCUGGCAGACCUUACCGAAGACAUAGCUUCCUGUCAGAUUGGAGCUUGUGGUACUAUGGACAAACAGCAAGGGGUGUUCAGUCCACCACCCUCCAUGAGGUACCAUAAAGACUCUGGCUGCCCCUACUCACCCGAUGGUGAAGACAGUGCCCAUUUGGCAUCUUUCUUCGACAGCGUAUCAGAAUCAGACAACUACGAACCCAUGUUCAUGAGACCACCAUUGUCAGUGAGCAGGUCCAGUUACACCAAAGACUUCAUCAAAAACCACGAGAUGAAGACCCAGAUGCGUAACAAUAGCAUAGCUACUGUAGAAUGCAAAAGCUGCUCAUCGUCCAGUUAUCUACAAAAGCCGACGAAGAGGCGACGGACUUUCCCUGGAGUGAAAGAAGAACCAAGUCAAUUGCAGGAGGGCCUACCUUCGUGGGAGGGAAGGGAGUCCUUUUCAUCUGGCACCAUCUCCUCGUACAUUACGGAGUCUCUUCCGCUCCAAGCAGAGAGACUGAGCAGACUGACAGCAGACUACCAGGAAGACGAGAGGCUUUGUCCCUUUAGUGCAUUGAGUCGUAAAUCCUCCCGAAGCAGCUGCAGUUACAGACCCAGCUCCAGCAAUGCAAACAGCCACCUCGAGCCACAGCAACAACUGAUCAAUCCGUUAUACGCAUCUACGUCCGAGGAGACCUCAGAGGAGGUCUUCCAGUUACCAGAGCCAAGGCACCUACCAUGUGAAGACCGCAGAAGACCCGACAUGGACUUUGGAGGGAAUGCAUUGGCGGACAUGGCUUUUGGAGUGGAGCAGAUCGAGGUGGCCGAGAGCGGCUUUGAUGAAGACAUGGGGGAAGUGGAGGACCUCAGCCUAGAUCCCACAAUGGAGGAGCUCACUCAGAGGGACAUGCUCAUUCAGGUCUGCCCUCCCUCCCCUCCCAAACUGUCAUCCCAAGAGAGUUCCGUUUCAGAUCUUCAAUCCGUGCGGCGAAGAGGAUCGGUCAUGGCCAUAACAACAGGAAGUACUGAGCAUAGGUUCCAGCAGAGUGACUCCAAACUAGCAGAGAGCGCAGCUCUGAAUAGUCCCCACUGGGACACCUUCAACAUAACCCCAGAGGCACCGUCUGUGUUCCCCAUCCUGGACAUGGAGAUGGACUUAGGAAUCGCAAGUGAAGCUACAGAGGAAGUUAGACUAACCCCUCAAAGGUCUCUUACUGUACGAGCUAGCAUCUCCAGCCCUGCUCUUUCACAGAUCGAGGAGGGGAAAGAAUAUCAUCCAAAAUACAAGAUUGUAGAGGAUUCAGGCAUGGAAAUUGCACCCAGUCCAGCUCAUGAAUCCCAAGACCAAGAGACAGAAAGCAAGCAGAAGCCCAAGCUAUAUCAGACAGAUUCUACAGCGGAAAAAGAAAGUGUUUUCCAAAUGUGAGUUGUACCAAUCUCAAGUUUUUCACUAAUCAUAGCCUAAGACAUUGAUUUCAAAUCCCCACAUGUCCCAGAGGGACAAUCCAGUUUCCAUCAUUUGGUUUAGAUGACAUAGGAGGUCAGAAAGUGUUCUCAUAUGAGUAUCCUUUAUUUAUUUUUUGCAGCCUCCUUAGAGGUCAAGGACAGUGGCGCCGAGCACUGGGCUAAGAGACGGAAUCUCUUCAAGGACAGCAAGCAGUGGAGCUCUACAGGGGGAAGCUCCAUAACCAGCAGCAUCAAUGAAGAGUCAGGUAUGCACUCUAAUAUCCCCUAAUCUAGAACCAGACAGCUUUAAUUAGUUGGUCUAUAACCAGCCACAACACAGAUAUUGAGUGGUAUGCCUUUAUUGCUAUGACCAGACAUAACAAGGAGAUCAGAACUGUAUGAAUAGGAGGCAGAAUAUGAUAUAAGUUGUAAAUUUAGGCAUGUCGGCGAUACCAGAGGUUUUUCCACAAUGGGGGUGAUUGGGGUAUAGUCACUGUAAAUCCAUUGUAGGUAUUGCAGAAAAGGGAAGGUGAUGGUAUCUCCCAUAAAUCAGCACAACAACAAUGUUUUCACUUCAUGCUCAUUUUUAUUUCAAAAAGCUUAUGUGUUUUGACCUUUGUCAACAGGUGCAAUCUGGAAAAAAACACAACAACAAAUCCACCUCCUUUACUAUUCGUUGUGUUUUUCAGAUUGCACCUGCUGACGGAAGGCCUAUGUUCCCACAAAGAAAGGUGCCAUACACGCCCCACAAAAAAGCAAGCUUUGACGAAGGCGAAAGAUGAAAUGCACCCGCUUUUAAAAAAUAAAACAGAACUCCAUGAACUAAACAUGUUGUAGUUGUGGUUAUUUAUGGGAGAUGCUAUCACUUUUACUUUUCUGGAAUACCGGAACCAAUUAUAUAUACAGUGGGGGGAAAAAGUAUUUAGUCAGCCACCAAUUGUGCAAGUUCUCCCACUUAAAAAGAUGAGAGAGGCCUGUAAUUUUCAUCGUAGGUACAUGUCAACUAUGACAGACAAAAUGAGGAAAAACAAUCCAGAAAAUCACAUUGUAGGAUUUUUAAUGAAUUUAUUUGCAAAUUGUGGUGGAAAAUAAGUAUUUGGUCAAUAACAAAAGUUUCUCAAUAAUUUGUUAUAUACCCUUUGUUGGCAAUGACACAGGUCAAACAUUUUCUGUAAGUCUUCACAAGGUUUUCACACACUGUUGCUGGUACUUUGGCCCAUUCCUCCAUGCAGAUCUCCUCUAGAGCAGUGAUGUUUUGGGGCUGUCGCUGGGCAACAUGGACUUUCAACUCCCUCCAAAGAUUUUCUAUGGGGUUGAGAUCUGGAGACUGGCUAGGCCACUCCAGGACCUUGAAAUGCUUCUUACGAAGCCACUCCUUCGUUGCCCGGGCGGUGUGUUUGGGAUCAUUGUCAUGCUGAAAGACCCAGCCACGUUUCAUCUUCAAUGCCCUUGCUGAUGGAAGGAGGUUUUCACUCAAAAUCUCACGAUACAUGGCCCCAUUCAUUCUUUCCUUUACACGGAUCAGUCGUCCUGGUCCCUUUGCAGAAAAACAGCCCCAAAGCAUGAUGUUUCCACCCCCAUGCUUCACAGUAGGUAUGGUGUUCUUUGGAUGCAACUCAGCAUUCUUUGUCCUCCAAACACAACGAGUUGAGUUUUUACCAAAAAGUUCUAUUUUGGUUUCAUCUGACCAUAUGACAUUCUCCCAAUCCUCUCCUGGAUCAUCCAAAUGCACUCUAGCAAACUUCAGACGAGCCUGGACAUGUACUGGCUUAAGCAGGGGGACACGUCUGGCACUGCAGGAUUUGAGUCCCUGGCGGCGUAGUGUGUUACUGAUGGUAGGCUUUGUUACUUUGGUCCCAGCUCUCUGCAGGUCAUUCACUAGGUCCCCCCGUGUGGUUCUGGGAUUUCUGCUCACCGUUCUUGUGAUCAUUUUGACCCCACGGGGUGAGAUCUUGCGUGGAGCCCCAGAUCGAGGGAGAUUAUCAGUGGUCUUGUAUGUCUUCCAUUUCCUAAUAAUUGCUCCCACAGUUGAUUUCUUCAAACCAAGCUGCUUACCUAUUGCAGAUUCAGUCUUCCCAGCCUGGUGCAGGUCUACAAUUUUGUUUCUGGUGUCCUUUGACAGCUCUUUGGUCUUGGCCAUAGUGGAGUUUGGAGUGUGACUGUUUGAGGUUGUGGACAGGUGUCUUUUAUACUGAUAACAAGUUCAAACAGGUGCCAUUAAUACAGGUAAUGAGUAGAGGACAGAGGAGCCUCUUAAAGAAGAAGUUACAGGUCUGUGAGAGCCAGAAAUCUUGCUUGUUUGUAGGUGACCAAAUACUUAUUUUCCACCAUAAUUUGCAAAUAAAUUCAUAAAAAAUCCUACAAUGAGAUUUUCUGGAAUUAAUUUCUCAAUUUGUCUGUCAUAGUUGACGUGUACCUAUGAUAAAAAUUACAGGCCUCUCUCAUCUUUUUAAGUGGGAGAAAUUGCACAAUUGGUGGCUGACUAAAUACUUUUUUUUCCCCACUGUAAGUCAUCAACAGAAAACUAGUUUCUGAAAACUAGUCGUGUAAUGUUAUGUCAUGUCAUGUCAUGCCAUUCUAUGUGUGCUUAUGUCACUGUGUAGGAAUUUCAGAAGAGAAUCGUUCUGUUGACAUGGCAGCAAAGGACCUUGGAGAUAAGGGUUUCUACACAGAAACCUUCCACUGUGCGUCAUGGAUUUACAGUGGAGACGAAGUCAGUACGACUGCUGGGCCAGUCCCUCCUGGUCUCCAACCUCGAACUGUCACAAGUAGGAUACCGUUCUACCUUUCUUACAUCACAGUGUUGGGGCCUUCUCCAAUAAAGUCAGUCAAUUCAGAGAUUGAAAAUCAGUUAACAAAUUAAAAUCUUCUUUAAGAAAAGAACAACAUGCCAGAGUUUGGUGUAGCGUUCUAAGCCCCCGACUCUGGACGACAUAUACCACCUGGCGACAGGGGUUUGAGCCCUGUGUCAGCCACCCAAUGUCUAUGGCCAUACUAUUAGUCUCCAUCUCUACCUUUCUCGCUGUACUGUCAAGAAAAUGCAACAGAAAUAUCUAUGGUCGGAAUUCCGAUGUCUUGUAAAACAAAUACUACUACUACUACCACUACUGAUGCUACUUCUACAUUUACAUUUUAGCCAUUUAUCAGACGCUCUUAUCCAGAGCGACUUACAGUAGUGAAUGCAUACAUUUUCAUAUUUUUACUACUACUCCUACAACUACUACUACUGCUACAACAACUACUACUACUACUACUACUACUAAUACUACUGCUACUACUACUACUACUACUACUACUACUACUACAACUACUACUACUACUACUACUACUACUACUACUACUACUACUACUACUACUAAUACUACUGCUACUACUGCUACAACAACUACUACUACUACUGCUACUGCUACUACUGCUACUACUACUACUACUAUUACUACUACUACUACUACUACUACUACCAAUGUCCUUUAUGUCAUCAACAAUUGAAUAAAACUCUUGAAGGUGAAAACUAUCAUGGACCAUUCUUACUUAAUUGGUUCUUCUCUCUGCAGUUCGCGAGAGGACGGUCAAGAUUUGUAAAGGAAUGGGAGAGUACCCCUGGGGGUUCAGAAUACAGUUUUCCAAACCUAUUGUGGUCACAGAGGUCGACACAAGUAAGACCAUUUGUGUACCAUAUUUGUACUAUGUGCAACGUAUCAUGCUUAUAAAUGCACAGCUAAGGUUACUCAGAAAAUAUUUUCAAUUGUGUUGUUUGCUUGAAAAAGAUGCAGAGUUUGCUCAACAAAGAAUUUGAUAACCUUUUAUAAGAGACUGAUUAGUAUAUUUCGUUUUAAGGUGGACAUUUUGUGUCACUGCAGCAAUUGCCGAGCGGUUUAAUGUUUUUUUUGUCAGAUACUAUCACUACUGCAAGUGUUCAUUGGCAGUAUCUAGCAAACCAAUCUUUGCUGGCUCAGCUGUAAGCCAAGCGCCUCCCUUCUGGUUUCAGAUGGAGCAGCCGAGGAGGCGGGGCUAAUGGUGGGAGAUUUCGUCAUGGCCGUGAAUGGGAUCGAUGUCACCAGUAUCCCCCACUCUGAGGCAGCUGACCUGGCAAGACAAGGUAAGAAGAAUAUAUGCCUACAUGUUAACUGUCGGGUCAUGGUACUGCACAAGUAUGCAGUUAGAAUUUGCUAUAAAGGAUAAUGCACCACAGGAGGUUGGUGGCACCUUAAUUGAGGAGGACGGGUUCGUGGUAAUGGCUGGAGCGGAAUCUGUGGAAUGGUAUCAAAUACAUUCCAGGUGUUUGAUGCCAUUCCAUUUGCUCCGUUCCAGCCAUUAUUAUGAGCCGUCAUCCCCUCAGCAGCCUCCUGUGUAAUACCCAUCAGGUACCACCUAUUCACAAGCCAAAAUGGACCUAAAGGACAGCAUGUUCUGAUAACGCUUCACUUUCACGUUCAGUUUUUUUGUAGUAUGUGAUUAAGAAUGGGAUCCCCUAUUCUGUUGUGUUUGAUAGGCCCAGACAUCCUGACUCUGACCAUUGGUUCAGACAUCGGCCGAGGCCCCAACACCCCCAGACCCACCUGCCGGGGUUACCUCCAUAAACGCACCCAGUCUGGCCUGAUCAAGGGCUGGAGAAGGAGGUGGUUCGUGCUCAGACAUGACUGCUGCCUAUACUACUACAGACAUAAAAAGGUGAGCACAGCAUCCUGGUAAAUCGUCAUGGUUCUUUAGAGAAACUACCCUACUGUUUUGGAUCUAAAAGGGACAGUUCAAAUUCAAAGUUUGUCAGGCAUUUUGCAUAACUCAUAAUUGCUCUUCAGUCAAACUGUUUUAUAUUCCACACUAUGUAUUGUGUAAAUGCCACUUUAUGACAACAUUACAUUUGAUGUGAACUAUCCCUACUUUCUUCCACAACAAUAUUCUCCCAUAAGUUCCAUUUAGAAAAGGUGAAUUGGGCCUGGAAAUCAAUUAACAUGAAGUUACAUAUGAUUUUAGUUUUCUUUGAAGGGCCUACAGUAACUAUGAAAUGUGUGGAUUGUGGUAUUCUCUUUAAGUGGAUGAAUGUGUCCAGAUAAACAUGGCUUAACAGUCAUCCUCAGUGCACCACUCCUACACUAUAAUAGUCAUCCUCAAGACACCAUUCCUUCACUCUAAUAGUCAUCCUCAAGACAACACUCCUUCACUCUAAUAGUCAUCCUCAAGACACCACUCCUUCACUCUAAUAGUCAUCCUCAAGACACCACUCCUUCACUCUAAUAGUCAUCCUCAAGACACCACUCCUUCACUCUAAUAGUCAUCCUCAAGACACCACUCCUUCACUCUAAUAGUCAUCCUCGAUGCACCACUUCUUCACUCUAAUAGUCAUACUCAAGACACCAUUCCUUCACUCUAAUAGUCAUCCUCAAUGCACCACUUCUUCACUCUAAUAGUCAUCCUCGAGACACCACUCCUUCACUAUAAUAGUCAUCCUCGAGACACCAUUCCUUCACUCUAAUAGUCAUCCUCAAGACACCACUCCUUCACUCUAAUAGUCAUCCUCAAGACACCACUCCUUCACUCUAAUAGUCAUCCUUGAGACACCACUCCUUCACUAUAAUAGUCAUUCUCAAGACACCAUUCCUUCACUCUAAUAGUCAUCCUCGAGACACCACGCCUUCACUAUAAUAGUCAUCCUCAAGACACCAUUCCUUCACUCUAAUAGUCAUCCUCGAGACACCACCCCUUCACUCUAAUAGUCAUCCUCGAGACACCACUCCUUCACUCUAAUAGUCAUCCUCAAGACAACACUCCUUCACUCUAAUAGUCAUCCUCAAGACACCAGUCCUUCACUCUAAUAGUAAUCCUCGAUGCACCAGUCCUUCACUCUAAUAGUCAUCCUCAAGACACCACACCUUCACUCUAAUAGUCAUCCUCAAGACACCACUCCUUCACUCUAAUAGUCAUCCUCAAUGCACCACUUCUUCACUCUAAUAGUCAUCCUCAAGACACCAUUCCUUCACUCUAAUAGUCAUCCUCAAGACACCACUCCUUCACUCUAAUAGUCAUCCUCGAGACACCACUCCUUCACUCUAAUAGUCAUCCUUGAGACACCACUCCUUCACUAUAAUAGUCAUCCUCAAGACACCAUUCCUUCACUCUAAUAGUCAUCCUCGAGACACCACUCCUUCACUAUAAUAGUCAUCCUCAAGACACCAUUCCUUCACUCUAAUAGUCAUCCUCGAGACACCACCCCUUCACUCUAAUAGUCAUCCUCGAGACACCAGUCCUUCACUCUAAUAGUCAUCCUCAAGACACCACUCCUUCACUCUAAUAGUCAUCCUCAAGACACCAGUCCUUCACUCUAAUAGUCAUCCUCGAUGCACCAGUCCUUCACUCUAAUAGUCAUCCUCAAGACACCACACCUUCACUCUAAUAGUCAUCCUCAAGACACCACUCCUUCACUCUAAUAGUCAUCCUCAAUGCACCACUUCUUCACUCUAAUAGUCAUCCUCAAGACACCAUUCCUUCACUCUAAUAGUCAUCCUCAAUGCACCACUUCUUCACUCUAAUAGUCAUCCUCGAGACACCACUCCUUCACUCUAAUAGUCAUCCUCAAGACACCACUCCUUCACUCUAAUAGUCAUCCUCAAGACACCACUCCUUCACUCUAAUAGUCAUCCUCAAGACACCACUCCUUCACUCUAAUAGUCAUCCUCAAUGCACCACUUCUUCACUCUAAUAGUCAUACUCAAGACACCAUUCCUUCACUCUAAUAGUCAUCCUCAAUGCACCACUUCUUCACUCUAAUAGUCAUCCUCGAGACACCACUCCUUCACUAUAAUAGUCAUCCUCGAGACACCAUUCCUUCACUCUAAUAGUCAUCCUCAAGACACCACUCCUUCACUCUAAUAGUCAUCCUCAAGACACCACUCCUUCACUCUAAUAGUCAUCCUUGAGACACCACUCCUUCACUAUAAUAGUCAUCCUCAAGACACCAUUCCUUCACUCUAAUAGUCAUCCUCGAGACACCACUCCUUCACUAUAAUAGUCAUCCUCAAGACACCACUCCUUCACUCUAAUAGUCAUCCUCAAGACACCACUCCUUCAUUCUAAUAGUCAUCCUCAAGACACCACACCUUCACUCUAAUAGUCAUCCUCAAGACACCACUCCUUCACUCUAAUAGUCAUCCUCGAUGCACCACUUCUUCACUCUAAUAGUCAUCCUCAAGACACCAUUCCUUCACUCUAAUAGUCAUCCUCAAUGCACCACUUCUUCACUCUAAUAGUCAUCCUCGAGACACCACUCCUUCACUAUAAUAGUCAUCCUCAAGACACCAUUCCUUCACUCUAAUAGUCAUCCUCAAGACACCACUCCUUCACUCUAAUAGUCAUCCUCGAGUCACCACUCCUUCACUCUAAUAGUCAUCCUCGAGACACCACUCCUUCACUCUAAUAGUCAUCCUCAAUGCACCACUUCUUCACUCUAAUAGUCAUCCUCAAGACACCACUCCUUCACUCUAAUAGUCAUCCUCAAGACAACACUCCUUCACUCUAAUAGUCAUCCUCAAGACACCAGUCCUUCAUUCUAAUAGUCAUCCUCGAUGCACCAGUCCUUCACUCUAAUAGUCAUCCUCAAGACACCACUCCUUCACUCUAAUAGUCAUCCUCAAGACACCACUCCUUCACUCUAAUAGUCAUCCUCGGUGCACCACUCCUUCACUCUAAUAGUCAUCCUCGGUGCACCACUCCUUCACUCUAAUAGUCAUCCUCGGUGCACUACUCCUUCACUCUAAUAGUCAUCAUCAGUGCACCACUCCUUCACUCUAAUAGUCAUCCUCAGUGCACCACUCCUUCACUCUAAUAGUCAUCCUCGGUGCACCACUCCUUCACUCUAAUAGUCAUCAUCUGUGCACCACUCCUUCACUCUAAUAGUCAUCAUCAGUGCACCACUCCUUCACUCUAAUAGUCAUCCUCGGUGCACCACUCCUUCACUCUAAUAGUCAUCCUCAGUGCACCAUUCCUUCACUCUAAUAGUCAUCCUCAAGACACCACUCCUUCACUCUAACAAUCUCCGCUGACAGCCAGUGUAUUUAUGUUACAGGAUGAGGGGAGGAAGAGAGCUCUGUCAUCUUUUAAACUAGAGGGGGCAGAUGUUGGAGGGGACCCCUCCCUGGGGAAACCCUUUGUGUUCAAGUGCAGCCCCCUGUCUUCCGACCGAGUGUACUACUUCUGCGCUACGUCCAACCUGGAGAUGAAAAGGUCUCCAUAGAGUAGAAGUCCUUGCAUAGUGUUUAUAGUGUUUUUAUGUCGUUUUGUGUAUGACCAGACUCAUUUCAGAUAUAAAUGCACAUUAUAGAUCUGUCAUUCUCAUUAAAAGCAAGUCUGAUAAGGCACUAGAUCCAUUCUAUGUGCCGUAUUUCUAUGCUUAUUCUCCAUAGGUUUUUUUGUUUAUUUUUUACUUUCAGCUGAAAAUACAAUAUUUGGGGUUAUUGAAAAUAUAUUUCACAGUGGUUUAGAGGGUACAAUGAUUCUCUAUGGCUAUGCUAUACAUUGUUUGUUGUCACAAACUGAAAUUAGAUUUGAAACAUUUUUGCAUUUUUGAAACCAGGAAAUACCAGAGCACUAAAUUGUACAUAUAGCGCCAUUAAUGAGUUAUUUAUUGUAAUAAAUAUGUGUGAUAUUGCUCACCUGCUGUUUUUCAUGUUUUAGGUGGUUGGAUGCCAUGGACAGAGCUGUUCAUCCUGUUACACAGGUAACGAUUGUUGUCAAACACUAAACAUAUGUAGAAUUUAUAUCCAGUCUGUCUUGAAAUUAUGUCUCUCUACAAUACACGAAUACAUUUCAUCAUGCAUAUUUUUAACUGUGGAGGAUAUAAUCAAAGUUGGUUUUCGGGGGGGGGGGGGGGGGGGGGGGGGGGGGGGGGGGAUUAUUCAAAUGAAUGAGGCAUGUUGUCGUCCACACUGAGAUUAUAGCCUAUAGGACUAAAACCUGCCCUGACCUCUCAUGUGUCAGAAUCACGUGUGGGUGGAUGUGACUCGCCACAACGCCAGCCUUCCCCCGCUGGCGGUGAAGAACCCAGAGUGUCUGGGCCUCCUUCACCAGGUAGACAAGAAUAACAAGGACACGUGGGUGCAGCACUACUGCACCCUGAAGGACGGCUGCCUCUACUUCUACGCAGGCAUCCGCUCAACUCACGCUCUGGGUAUGUUGUUCAUCCGCUCAACUCACGCUCUGGGUAUGUUGUUCAUCCGCUCAAUAUUACACGCUCUGGGUAUGUUGUUCAUCCGCUCAACUCACGCUCUGGGUAUGUUGUUCAUCCGCUCAACUCACGCUCUGGGUAUGUUGUUCAUCCGCUCAAUAUUACACGCUCUGGGUAUGUUGUUCAUCCGCUCAACUCACGCUCUGGGUAUGUUGUUCAUCCGCUCAACUCACGCUCUGGGUAUGUUGUUCAUCCGCUCAACUCACGCUCUGGGUAUGUUGUUCAUCCGCUCAACUCACGCUCUGGGUAUGUUGUUCAUCCGCUCAAUAUUACACUCUCGGUAUGUUGUUCAUCCGCUCAACUCACGCUCUCGGUAUGUUGUUCAUCCGCUCAACUCACGCUCUCGGUAUGUUGUUCAUCCGCUCAACUCACGCUCUGGGUAUGUUGUUCAUCCGCUCAACUCACGCUCUGGGUAUGGUGUUCAUCCGCUCAAUUCACGCUCUGGGUAUGUUGUUCAUCCGCUCAAUAUUACACUCUCGGUAUGUUGUUCAUCCGCUCAAUUCACGCUCUGGGUAUGUUGUUCAUCCGCUCAAUUUUACACUCUCUGUAUGUUGUUCAUCCGCUCAACUCACGCUCUGGGUAUGUUGUUCAUCCGCUCAACUCACGCUCUGGGUAUGUUGUUCAUCCGCUCAACUCACGCUCUGGGUAUGUUGUUCAUCCGCUCAAUUCACGCUCUGGGUAUGUUGUUCAUCCGCUCAAUUCACGCUCUGGGUAUGUUGUUCAUCCGCUCAAUUCACGCUCUGGGUAUGUUGUUCAUCCGCUCAAUUCACGCUCUGGGUAUGUUGUUCAUCCGCUCAACUCACGCUCUCGGUAUGUUGUUCAUCCGCUCAAUUCACGCUCUGGGUAUGUUGUUCAUCCGCUCAACUCACGCUCUCGGUAUGUUGUUCAUCCGCUCAAUUCACGCUCUGGGUAUGUUGUUCAUCCGCUCAACUCACGCUCUCGGUAUGUUGUUCAUCCGCUCAAUUCACGCUCUGGGUAUGUUGUUCAUCCGCUCAACUCACGCUCUCGGUAUGUUGUUCAUCCGCUCAAUUCACGCUCUGGGUAUGUUGUUCAUCCGCUCGACUCACGCUCUCGGUAUGUUGUUCAUCCGCUCAAUUCACGCUCUGGGUAUGUUGUUCAUCCGCUCAACUCACGCUCUGGGUAUGUUGUUCAUCCGCUCAACUCACGCUCUGGGUAUGUUGUUCAUCCGCUCAACUCACGCUCUCGGUAUGUUGUUCAUCCGCUCAACUCACGCUCUCGGUAUGUUGUUCAUCCGCUCAACUCACGCUCUGGGUAUGUUGUUCAUCCGCUCAAUUGACGCUCUGGGUAUGUUGUUCAUCCGCUCAAUUCACGCUCUGGGUAUGUUGUUCAUCCGCUCAACUCACGCUCUGGGUAUGUUGUUCAUCUGCUCAACUCACGCUCUCGGUAUGUUGUUCAUCCGCUCAACUCACGCUCUCGGUAUGUUGUUCAUCCGCUCAAUAUUACACUCUCGGUAUGUUGUUCAUCCGCUCAACUCACGCUCUCAGUAUGUUGUUCAUCCGCUCAAUAUUACACGCUCUGGGUAUGUUGUUCAUCCGCUCAACUCACGCUCUGGGUAUGUUGUUCAUCCGCUCAACUCACGCUCUGGGUAUGUUGUUCAACCGCUCAACUCACGCUCUGGGUAUGUUGUUCAUCCGCUCAAUUCACGCUCUCGGUAUGUUGUUCAUCCGCUCAAUUCACCCUCUCGGUAUGUUGUUCAUCCGCUCAAUAUUACACUCUCGGUAUGUUGUUGUUCCGCUCAACUCACCCUCUCGGUAUGUUGUGAUGGCAAGGCUCACCUGAUAAUGUUGACACUGAGGAGACUAUCUGUGUUGUCCGUUUAGGAAAAUUGAUUAGGAGUUAUUGAUGAUAAAAGAUACAUUAUAAAUGUAUGAUGAUAUGAUAAAUAGAUGAUAAACCAUAUUCUGUUUAACCCAUAUGUCAAAGAAUGAAAAUCAAUGUCAGAGAUCAUAAUUAGUGUGGGGGUGUAUUUUUUGUCAGUAACUUAUUAGUGAGGUUUUGUUUUUUAACUCAUUAAUGACAUUAUUUGCACUCCUUGGCGAAGCCUCCUCUGCUAAAUACUGUAAUAUACAGUAUCUGACUGCCUCUAGAAGGUUCUGCUGCUUGAUACUUUAAUAUAUCUAUGACUUCCUCCAGGGGGGAUCUACUUGCAUGGGUACACCGUGAGAGAACAGCCCUUGGGAUCCAAGAAAUCCACCAUUGAACUGAAACCUCCUUCGGAUGAGUUCAAAACCUUCUAUCUCUGUGCUGAAAACCCCAUGGAAAACAAACGGUGAGAUGUUGACACAUUUGACAUAUGUUGGCACAUUUUAAGUAAGCGUUUCACUGUACUGUUUAAAUCUGUUCCCACUGGGCACAGACGUCAUUUCAACGUCUAGUUUUGAUUAACAUCUGGUUGAGUUGUCAACUAAUGUGAAUUCAACGUGAAAUCAACAAAACAUCUCACCAUGUCAUUGGAUUUAGGUUAAAAGGUGGUAGAACAAAAGACAAAACGUCCUCACGUUGAUGACUUUUUGCAAAUCCAAUCAGUUUUCCACAUUGAUUCAACGUUUUUUGUUGUUGAAAUGACGUAGAAACAAUGUUAAUUUAACCCGUUUUUGCCCAGUGGGUUGUAUCCUGUGCACGUGACAAAUAAACAUUGAUUAAUAAACAAAUUGAUUUAGGAAGGAAUAAAGGCACAGCUUUUCAACAUUACAUAAUACUGUAUGUUUGUAAAUACCUUUGUGGUAAUUACUCAAUUCUGAUGUUCAUGUUCACAGAUGGAUCUUGUCUAUAAAAGCAUCCUCAAAGAAAUGGCUGCCAUACCAUCAAGCUGUUCAGGACUACAUGAAUCGACCACCAGAGGAGACCAGAAUGUGAGCUCGAUGGAUACUCCUCGCAUCGCAACCAACCUUUACUGUCCUAGCUUCUGGUAUGGUUUAACCAAAAGCAUGUUAAAGGAUCACUUUACUCAAAAACUUGUUAUGAUGCAAAACACAUCAUCAUCACAGUUUUUACUCUGUACUGAAAACUUGACUGCUGACAUGCACAAUGGGAUUUUUGGGGGAUUGUAUUAACAGUGAACCUAUGAUCAAAAUACUAAAAUAUUGUUUUUGAGUGACCUAUCCCUUUAAUAUUGGUUAUGUUUGACGUUCCUUUGAAGGAUUCCAUGUGAAGCUGGAAAUUGAAUGGGAAUUUGAGUGGAUGGAGUUGUCUGGAGGAUUUGAAUUGUUGCUAUGGGCUUGUUGUAUGUUUUGAUACUGUUAGUUUCUUUGGUGAUACUGUUCUACACCAUUUCAGAGAUGAUGAUGUUGGCUGAAUAAUAAACAAAUAAUAAAUGACACGACAGUUUGACUAUAAUAAGACCAUUCUA